AUGGCCUGCUGGCCGCCAGGCAAGCGCAUCCUGCAUCGUCUACGGCGCAGGUUGGCGGCAGGUGAAGCGACCAGCCUGCCUUCAGCUCAGACGAAUGAUGAGCUGCCAAAUGGAGCCAACAGAGUACGGGUACUGCAGGAAGGCUUUAUCAAGAUCCGACUGGUCACCUGGAAUAUGCAUGAAUCCUUGCCGUCUGGUGAUCUGACGGAUCUACUCGGCGUGCCAAACUUCAACGCCGAUAGUGAGUCGACUGUCCCCUCCUCCGCCAGCUCGACGAUUGCACCUAGCGAGCUGCCCAAAGUGUCCCAGUCUGAGCCACCGAGCUUCUCGCUCACAGACGGUCAUCCUUAUCAUCUCAUCGUCGUCGGCGCAGAAGAAUCACCGCCUGCAUCACAGCGUCGACUGAACAGCGUCAGCGAGUGGCGACAGCCAAGCUGGACCCAGAUACUCGUCUCUCACCUCACUCGUCACGAGAGCAGACGUAUGUCGACAAAUAGCGCAAGCAACAGCGUUAGACGUGACGACGAUUACGUGUUGGUUCGCAAAGAGCGCUUGCUCGGAAUCUAUAUUGCCGUCUUUGUCCUCAGAGCAUACGCACAUCUCGUCGAGGGGUCAGACUCCGAUACGAUUACGCUGGGCAAGUUUGGCGGUAGACUGCCCAAUAAGGGCGCUUGCGCAGUCUCGCUCAAACUAGCGGGCAUCAGACUCGUCUUUGUCAAUGCUCAUCUUGCCGCGCACACCGAGCACGUCAAGGAGCGUCUGCGAGAUAUCGCCAAGCUUCGAGCAGGCCUGAAACCUGACAUGCUCCUGCCAGAAAAAUCGAGCAGACCGAAAGACGUCCUUUCCUCAUUUGACGUGGCUUUCUUAUCGGGCGAUCUCAACUUUCGUCUCGAGCUCACACGUACGCACGCCGAUGGGCUCAUGGCCAUGCAAAGCUACGAACAGGCAUUGACUUUUGAUCAGCUCAACCGUGCGAUGAAGCGGAGGGCAACGCCUUUGCUAGGACUGCGAGAGCAUCCCAUCGACUUUCCGCCGUCUUACAAAUGGGACCUUCUCAAGCUCGAGCACAGUCGGGCGCGCAGAAAGGCGCACAGUCUCACAGGGGUUCAACACGAGCCAGAGCACCAUGUUCAGUCUGCAGUCGACAAUGUCCAUCUCUCGCCGCGGGCGGCGAUCCUUCGUCAGAAUUCGACGCCGCCGAUCAUCGGUGCUCGGCCUGCAUCCGCUGCUCUACCGGGUGCAACGCCGCCCGAAACACGACCGGAGCUGCCGCGCAGACCUAAAUCCACAGGCGAUCUCGUGACUGACAAUCCUCGCCUAGCACCUGAAGUUAAACAACAGGCCUGCUUUGACUCGUCAGAUAAGCAGCGUGUGCAGUCGUGGACAGAUCGGAUACUCUAUAGAUCGAUGAUGACACGUCAGCCUUUCUCGCCUUCCACAAAGCUGCGUUUGAGCACUUUGCUCGCUUUCAAAUCAAGCACGCCUACUUUUCAAGCCGAUCGCCAGCCUCGUCGAGCUCACAGUAUCGAUGCGCCGUCAAUCGUCCCAGACCCAGAGAAGUACGAGCCCGCUGAGCCAAUUGCUCGUAGCAGGGCACGAACAAAUAGUUUGCCAGGAGGCUGGUGGCGAGAGAUUGCACGUCACCGCGGCGGCUCUACGUCUCUGCCACCCAAGCAAGCCGCGCAGUCGUUGCGCGGCACGUUGACCUGCAUAAAUUACACGACCCUCAGCGACCUAAUGAAGCUAGAAGCUCUGUCCGAUCAUCAUCCGGUCAUACUCUCGACAGCCUUGCAUCUCUGA